GCCCACCUCGGCCUCCCAAAGUGCUGGGAUUACAGGACUGAGCCACAGCAUUCGACCAGCUUUAGUGCAUCUUGUGAAGGACCUGGAAUGCUCGAUAUUUAGGUGUUUCCAGGGUGUUGGGGGGGGGUGGGGAUGCCGUCCGCCGUCCUGAGUCCCCGGCCCUGACAGUGCCUUUGAGACCCUGCCCACCUCCUUCUGCUUUUCCCCGUCUUUCGGCCAUUCUGUUUUGUUUCGUCUGCUCACUCUGGGGCAUGCCUGGGGAAAAGGAAACCGAAACUUGGCCACCGGAGCAGGCUCCCGCGGCAACGCCCCCUGACGUGUGUGGCUCAGGCUUAUAACAGGGCUGGCUGCUGCCUGCAGGAGCCAGUGGUUGAGAGGCAGCGAACUCAUCUUUGCCAGUACAGGAGCUCGUGCCGCGUCUCACAGCCCACAGCCAUGGUAAGGGAGAUGUCACAGAGCUGGGACCUGAAGGUGAAGAUGCUGGGGGGCAACGAGUUCCAGGUGUCCCUGAGCAACUCCAUGUCGGUGUCAGAGCUGAAGGCAAAGAUCGCCCAGAAGAUCGGCGUGCACGCCUUCCAGCAGCGUCUGGCUGUCCACCCCAGCGGCGCCACCCUGCAGGACAGGGUUCCCCUUGCCAACCAGGGCCUGGGCCCCGGCAGCACGGUCCUGCUGGUGGUGGACAAGUGCGAUGAACCUCUGAGCAUCCUGGUGAGGAACGACAAGGGCCGGAGCAGCACCUACGAGGUACAGCUGACGCAGACUGUGGCCCACCUGAAGCAGCAAGUGAGCCAGCAGGAGGGUGUGCAGGACGACCUGUUCUGGCUGACCUUCGAGGGGAAGCCCCUGGAGAAUCAGCUCCCGCUGGGGGAGUACGGCCUCAAGCCCCUGAGCACCGUGUUCAUGAAUCUGCGCCUGCGGGGAGGCGGCACAGAGCCUGGCGGGCAGAGCUAAGGGCCUCCACCAGCAUUCGAGCAAGAUCAAGGGCUGGAAAUAAAUGUUGUAAAGAGAAA